UCCUCUUCCUCUUCCUCACUCCUUCACUCCUUCACUCGCAGCUCACUACUUCCAGCAGCCAGUGUUUCUCCGGCUGCGCACGUGGACAGACAAUACUACUCCAGCUGCGGUCCUGCGCGCGCUCAGCUCACGCUUUUUUGUUUUGUUUGAAUGACGACGUUUGACCCUGUUAUGUCUCGAGCCCAAAUGCUGUCAACCUCGGCGCGUUUCACGCAUUUCUUUAGAGCCCUCGCGCGCAAGGACAAACAUUUCGUGAGCCAAAAGUUCUUACAGAGAAUGAGUCCCGCAUAACUCCGCGUGCUGUCGUUAUCUCCCCCUCUCCCUCUCUCUCUCUCUCUCUCUCUCUGUGUCUCUCUGUGUGUGUCUCUCUCUCUCUCUCUCUCUCCCCCCUGUCCCGCGCGCUCAGAGUUGAGUCAUUGUACAUAAGUAUGGUAGAUAAAGGCCCCUUGUUGACCUCUGCCAUUAUUUUUUACCUGUCCAUUGGGGCUGCAAUUUUUCAAGUCCUGGAGGAGCCCAAUUGGAAGCUGGCUGCAAAGCAGUAUAGUGCCCAGAAGGAUAAAAUACUUGAGGACUAUCCCUGUCUGACGAAAGAUGAUUUGGACAAAAUAUUAGAGGUGGUGUCUGAUGCUGCAGGCCAAGGGGUCACUAUAACUGGCAGCAAGACCUUCAACAACUGGAACUGGCCAAAUGCUGUUAUCUUUGCGGCCACUGUUAUCACCACUAUCGGAUAUGGGAACAUUGCCCCUAAAACGUCAGCAGGCCGUGUAUUUUGCAUCUUCUACGGCCUGUUUGGUGUGCCUUUGUGUCUUACCUGGAUCAGUGAGCUGGGAAAGUUCUUCGGUGGCAGAGCCAAGCACCUGGGCCAGUAUCUAACUAAGAAAGGAUUUUCACUAAGGAAGGCUCAAUUCACCUGCACGGCUAUAUUUCUCCUCUGGGGUGUGCUGGUCCAUCUAGUCCUUCCACCCUUUGUAUUUAUGUCCCAAGAAGGUUGGACAUAUAUUGAAGGCUUAUACUUCUCAUUUGUCACUUUGACAACGAUUGGUUUUGGGGACUUGGUAGCAGGUGUGGAACCAAAUAAAGAAUACCCAACUCUGUACCGUUACUUUGUGGAAGUGUGGAUUUAUCUCGGGUUGGCAUGGCUUUCUUUGUUCUUCAACUGGAAAGUGCGGAUGGUGAUUGAAGCACACAAGGCACUGAAGAAACGCCGCAAGCUGCGCAAGCUAUCUCUUGAUGAGCUUCGGCACUACAAAGAGUCUCACAAGGCUUCCCUUCGUCUGCCACCCACGCCUAAUGACGUAAACAUCUUCGGCUUCCUGUCCAAGAAGCAGGAAGGCUACAAUGACUUGAUUAAACAGAUCGGCACCAAAAAAGACUGCAGGAACAACGGUGUUAAUGCCAACGCCAUAAAUAAAUCCAAAGAUAUCGGUCGUUCCAAGAGUUGCAAUGAUGCUCCCAUGUUUAACGGACACACCAUCCUUAGUCUGGACCGAUCGCCUCGCCAAAAGAGGCGCUAUAGUUUCAGUGACCGAGUCACUGUUGCUUUUUCAAAGUCAAAGAACUACCUCCUGGGCUCAGACAGCGGUUUGCUGCUAACAGAGGACCAAGUAGAAGGUGAUUUAGAACUCGACCAGGGCCAAAUGUAUGAGAACCAACUUGACAAGGACGUAGAGCUAGAGAACGGAGGGGUGGGAGAGUGUGGGGCAGGCGGUCGAAGGACGUGGGACUCAAAGGAGUACCAUCCCCUCACAUUCCAAAAUGCAAACAUUACUUUUAUAGACGAGGAGAACUUUCUCGGCAGUAACUUGGAGGAGGAAGAGGAGGAGGAUGACGAUUCUAAAGCUAAACUCUCCAUUACUACUUGUGAUGAAAACAUUGAAACAAACUCCAAGGAGGAGCAUAGUUCUGAAUCUGAAGAGUCUGUGUUCACGAGUGACGGUUCAGAACACAGCCACUCCUAUGAGAAACUCGUGGAGGAAUAUUCAAAGGAAGAAAAUACUGAAUCCUGAGAUAUCACAAAGCCUUGAACUGUCUAAAGUCAACACACCUUCCUGCUCCUCUAUUGCUGAAUUGGUUGGCAUUGAAGUAUUCUAAUGUGAACUGUCUGAAUGCAUAUCAGAAGUCCCAUUGCACAUUUGGGGGACUGAUAAUGACUGCAAAGCCAAGAUCAAAUUUCUAUGAAAUGUUCUGUUCAUAGCCGAGAAACGGAAAUCCCCAUCACGUUGACUGUUCCUAUUAACCCUUAUAUGGACGACAGAGCGUGACAUUUACCCCAUGAGUACAUCUACUCUAUUUAUGUCUUUUUAUAUGGUUUGAGAAACUAAAUGCCACACGUUCAUUGUAAUGUUCAAACAAGAACUAUUUACCAUGAGUGCUUUUUUUUU